AUGAUAGGUACCGAUCCGAUCAACACCGGUUAUGCUUUACACAAUGACUACCUUGCAAGCCACGAUCCCGACGACAAAGAAAUUCAUAUCAAAUAUGAGUCAGAGAACUCACAGUCCAUCUUUUUCGAUGAAGAGCAGCUCAGUCCGCGGAUCUUUGUUGGCGACUACUCUGCCUCAAUGUGGCACGAGGAUGUCGAUGCUAUUCAGGACUGGACAGUAAACUUUCUGGCCAACGUUAUGGAGACACUGGGAGAGCUUGAGCCACGAUAUGAAGGCAGAAAAUACCGGAUCCAUCACUGCGAGGGUAGGGAUGAGCGCGGCCAGUUGAAUUUGAGACAAGAUGCUCAUCUGGAUGCGGAUGUUGAGGAACGGACAACGUUUCGGAAUACCAGAGUUUGCGUGGAAGGCUAUGAGGAUAAUGAUUGGGAUUAA